UAAGAGAGAAAACAUUAAAUUGGAAGAGAAAUGAAGGGAAGUUCAAUUGAAGUUGGAGAAGCCAUGAAGGGUGCAUCCCCAAGAAAAGGGGUGACAAGAGGGUUAUCUAUAAUGGACUUUGUUUUGAGAAUUAUUGCAGCUGUUGCAACCCUAGGUGCUGCAUUGGCCAUGGCAACUACCAAUGAGACCCUUCCAUUUGCCACUCAAUUCAUCAAAUUCAGAGCUCAAUUUGAUGACCUUCCCUCACUUGUGUUUUUUGUGAUGGGCAACUCUGUUGUUUGUGGCUAUCUUGUGCUUUCACUUGUUCUAUCUAUCUUCCACAUAGUGAGGAGCACUGCAGUGAAAAGUAGGAUUCUCCUUGUUGCUUUUGACACGGUAAUGUUGGGUCUGAUCACAGCCGCAGCCUCUGCAGCAACAUCGAUAGUGUACAUAGCACACAAUGGAAACACAGGUGCCAAUUGGUUUGCAAUCUGCCAACAAUACAACAACUUCUGCGAACGCAUUUCGGGUUCUCUCAUUGGCUCUUACAUUGCUGUUGCUCUCUUCACAAUACUAAUCAUCCUAUCAGUUGUUGCAAUCUCUCGAAACUGAUGUUCUAUGCCCUUUUCUUCAUAUAACUUAGUUUGAAGGAAAGAAAACAAAAACUGUCUUCAUGAACAUUUUUCUAGUGUGCAUUUGUGGUUUGUAAUCCAAGUGUGAAAAUGUUGUUGAAUUGUGGUUUCUGGGUGUAAUCGAUGAGUAACAGCAGAGCAUGAUUACAUUGAA